CUCUCUUGGCUCGUCAGUGCAGGCAACAGGUGGGAUAAAGUUACAGCGCGAAAUGAGCAACUUCUAUAAGACUGGUCAUUUUUGAUCAGAUUUGUCAAAAAUUUGUGGAAGUAAGAUUUGACAUUUUUUUUUCCUAAAUAUUAUUUUUUGUGUGAAUGGACGAACAAUAAUAUAAAAGUUUCAAAAUUAUUUUAAGAUAAAGCUGAAAUAUAACAUAUUUUACCAAAGUACACAGUGCUGUGAAGUUAAUUAAGUUAAAUAAAACUUUUACCUAUCGUAAAGAAACUGUUACGAAAAAUAUUUUUUGCAUCAACGUUUGAGAAAAAAAGUAAUAUAUAUAUGCCGUCAUUUUAUAUUGGAUGAAAAUGAUAUAAAUUGUAAGAACAUGAUUUGAUAGCCAAAAGCAUAUUACAGUCGGAAGAAAUUUUGCAAUAGUUUAGUACUUUCUCGUUUUUUGUUUAAAAAACUGAAGUGUAAAAUAUGAUAGCUCUUAUAAAUGAAAACCCAUACAAUAAUACUGUUUGGAAGCAGAAUUGGAAUUGGCUCUUACAUUUUUAUUUACUUAUACUGCAUUUAAACGAACAAAAUUUCUGAAGCCUUCACCUGCUUUGUCAUUUUGGAACACUGUUAUCCAAAGAGCUGCUUUAGAUCAUACUUUAUUCAUACCUGUAAUCGACUACUCUUGCAAAAUUGAAGAAUCUUGAAAAACAAUGGUAAACUAGAAAGAUAUCAAAACCAUAGCAAAUAUGGUGAUAAGGAACUGAUUUAAAAAAGAAAUAUAGACCUAUAGCAUAAGUGUAUAUUUUCCCCAAGAUAUUUAGUAAUAAUAUCACCAGAAUGGAAAACUCAACCAAAAGUUGGCCAACAACUAUUUUAGUUCACUUAAAGAAACACAGCCAGAUGGGGUUGGGUAUUGUGGUCACUCCUAGACCCCAGAACCGAGGGCUGUUAAUCGCAGAACUGACCAAAGGCAGUGAAGCUGCCAAGAGUGGAUUAUUCAGACCAGGUGAUGUGAUUCUCAAGGUCAACAACAAAGAUUUGUCACAGCUGCCUUACGAGCAAUGCUUACAGAUUCUGCAAGACUUACCAGUUGACCAAGAGGCCGAAAUAUUGGUUCGAGUGCCUGACGGGUACACAACCAGACUGGUGACGACCUUCAACGAAGAGGGCACGUCUCACACUUCGAGAAUCACCACCAUGGUGUCAAAUUCUCAAUCGCCAUCCCCACAGAGGAGGAGGGAAUCGAUUUCUGAAGAAAAAAUACGCCGCUUGAAGACCAGUUUGGUCCAAAAUGAUAUUAUCUGCACAUCGCAAAAUGCUGGCCAAAAGAAUUACAAUGAAAAAUCGUCUCCUAACUCGUUGGUGCCUAAUAUGAGGCAGAAUGGACACGCAUCAAAUAAUCAACCUUCUCCGGAAAGACCAGCUACACUGUCAGCCAAUAGCAACCAAAGCAGCCGGAAAAAUUCCAUAACGUCGCCAUCAAGACGUCCAGUGCGCUUGCGCAAUGUUAUCUCGGGACAAGAAUCUGUGGAGACUCUAUUUUUAAAAGCUACUGAAGCAGUUCAAUGCAGUCCUACCCGAUGUAUGGGCUCCGUGAUGUCCGGUCCAUCGAAGAGGUCAAGCGGUACCCCUCGCCCAAAAGACGAGAUCCUCAGACAUGCCAAACAUUUCUUUGAUCAGUACUUCAGCAGCAUCAAAAGAAUGAAUUCUCCCAGUCAUUCACGGAGAUGGAAAGAAAUAGUCGGCGAGGUGGACACUACAGGAACUUACGAACUGAAAGAAACAGAACUCGUGUACGGUGCUAAACUUGCUUGGAGGAAUGCGCCCCGAUGCAUCGGAAGAAUACAGUGGUCUAAACUGCAGGUAUUUGAUGCCAGGUACGUAUCAACGACAAGAGAAAUGUUCGAGGCAAUUUGCAACCACAUCAAAUACGCCACAAACAAAGGAAAUAUUAGAUCAGCCAUUACCAUCUUCCCUCAGAGAACGGAUGGAUUGCAUGACUUCAGAAUUUGGAACAGUCAAUUAAUUAUGUACGCUGGAUAUAAGCAAGAAGAUGGCAGUAUCAUCGGCGACCCCGCCAACGUUGAUUUUACAGAAUUGUGCCAAAAGUUAGGCUGGAAGGGCCAACGUAAAAAGUGGGAUAUCCUGCCAUUAGUAUUGUCAGCAAACGGCCAUGAUCCUCAAGUUUUCGAUUUACCAGACGACCUUGUGCUCCGAGUUCCUAUCAUGCACCCCAAAUAUCCAUGGUUCAAAGAUUUGAAUAUUGAGUGGUACGCUUUACCUGCCGUCUCCAGUAUGCUCUUUGAUGUGGGAGGCAUCGAAUUCCCGGCGGCUCCUUUUAAUGGAUGGUACAUGGUGACUGAAAUAGGAGCAAGAGAUCUAUGCGAUCCACAUCGUUUCAACAUAUUAGAGGAAGUAGCAACAAGACUUGGAGUUGACAUGAGAGCCCCCUCUACUUUGUGGAAAGAUCGUGCAGUUGUCGAAAUAAAUUAUGCUGUAAUUUACAGUUUUCAAAAACUAAAUGUUACCAUAGUGGACCACCACACUGCUUCUGAGUCAUUUAUGAAACACUGGGAGAACGAAAUGCGACUGAGAGGUGGGUGCCCUGCCGACUGGGUGUGGAUUGUACCCCCACUCAGCGGAAGUCUCACGCCCGUCUUUCACCAGGAGCUGCUCAACUACAACCUCAAGCCCAGCUACGAGUACCAGGAUCCACCGUGGAAGACUCAUAUUUGGGAAAAGGACAGAGAAACUUCAGGAAAUGGACCAAGGACACCUUCCCGAAAAUUCCGUUUUAAAGAAAUAGCACGUGCUGUGAAAUUUACAUCCAAUUUAUUCGGAAAGGCUUUAUCACGAAGAAUAAAGGCAACGAUUUUAUUUGCCACAGAGACCGGACGGUCUGAGAAUUAUGCCAAAAUGCUUGGAGAAAUAUUUUCUCACGCUUUCAAUGCGAAUGUGGUAUGCAUGAGCGAAUACGACAUUAUCGAUCUGGAGCACGAAACGUUACUGCUCGUGGUGACGAGUACUUUCGGCAAUGGGGACCCCCCUGAAAACGGAGAGGCUUUUGCUAGAAAUCUUCAAGCGAUCAAAGUUACAGGAGAAACUACACCUGACGCAGAAUACAUCAGCAGCACGUGCAUGCCUUUCGUCAGAAUGAACAGCAUGCCACUGGAUUUUCCCGAGGACGAAGGAACAAACUGCACGCCAACGACGGAACUAGAUGACGACAUUGGCCCGCUCAGCAACGUCAGAUUCGCUGUGUUUGCUUUGGGUUCCAGCGCAUAUCCAAAUUUCUGCUCCUUCGGUCGUUACGUGGACACAAUGCUUGGAGAUCUCGGAGGCGAGAGAAUGGUCAAAAUGGGCACUGGUGACGAACUUUGUGGUCAGGAGCAUUCUUUCAAUGAAUGGGCCCAAGAAGCAUUCCAGGUCGCAUGCGACGUCUUCUGUGUGGGUGACGAUAUUAAUCUAAGCGAUCUCAGAGCAACUUUACAUUCGGAUACUACAUGGUCACCGGAAAAAGUACGUUUGGCAGAUGUGCAGGAACCAGCAGAUAUUUGUUCAGGCAUAAGUAAAGGUACUAACAGGAAAGUUGUGUCCUGCAUUCUAAAAGAACGCACAGUUCUUCAAUCUGAAGAAGACAGCCGUCAGACGCUCAUGAUCGUCAUGGAAAAACCAGAAAACGAUUGCAUCAAAUAUUUUCCGGGAGAUCACAUUGGAAUCUAUCCAGCCAAUAGACAAGAAAUUGUAAACGGCAUUUUGGCUCGCAUGAGUUGCACGUGUCCCGAACCGGAUAAACCAUUUCAGUUACAGUUGAGAAAGACAGUACAGACAAUAGAAGGCCCAAGCCACCGAUGGUAUCCCCACGAGAGAAUCCCUCCUUUGACCAUGCGUAUUGCCUUGACCCGAUACUUGGACAUCACCACCCCUCCAGGACAACAGUUCCUCAGGAUUCUGGCAACCAUGGCAGAAGAUGAAGGGGAUCAAAGGAAGAUCAAACUUUUAGCUACGGAUUCCAUCCGGUAUGAAGAUUGGAAGUCUCAUUUGUACCCGAACCUUUUAGAGGUUUUGGAAUACUUCCCUUCAGUAAACCCCACCCCCGGCUUCCUCCUUACGCACCUCACACCGCUCCAGCCACGAUUCUAUAGUGUCAGCUCCUCACCGGAGUUCCAUCCUGGUCACAUACAUCUAACGGUGGCUGUGGUCAUCUACAAGACUCAAAAUAACGCUCAACAUUAUGGAGUUUGCUCAAAUUAUCUGGCAUCACUUCCUCUUGGAUCAGAAAUCGCCUGCUUCGUUCGGAGCGCUCCUAAUUUCCGCUUGCCGGACAACCCCCACGUACCCAUAAUAAUGGUUGGUCCAGGGACUGGAAUCGCUCCUUUCAGAAGCUUCUGGCAAAAAAGAUACCUGGAUAUACAGACGGCCGCUAAAGAUGGAGAUGUGAAGAAGCCAUUUGGCAACAUGACCCUUCUGAUUGGUUGCCGCCACCCAAAAGUGGAAUUGUACCGGGAAGAAACGCAACACAUGAAACAGAUUGGAGUUUUGACCCAAGUUUAUUCUGCUUAUUCUCGCCUUCCAGGAAAGCCAAAAAGUUACGUGCAGCACAUUCUUCGUGAAAUUUCAGACAAAGUGUACAAGGAAGUAGUCCAGGAGAGAGGCCACUUCUAUGUUUGCGGUGACGUCAGCAUGGCCGAAGAUGUCAACCAGACUUUGAGGGCGAUCAUUCAAGAACACGGACAAAUGAAUACCAUGGGAGUAGAUAAUGUGGUCAAGCGAUUGCAGGAGGAAAAUAGAUAUCACGAAGAUAUAUUCGGUAUAACACUGAAAACGGCCGAAGUGACGAGCAGAGGUCGGGCCGAAGCCAAAAACCGCAAGAGCACUUCUUCAAGCUGAAAUGACACGAGACGGCCAAAAAAGAUAAGACUGUACAAAUCAUUACGUGUACAAAGAAUAAUUUUCCGUAUAUCCUUACCUGCUUCGUUCCUUGAAUAAGCAAAUAUAUAUUAUAAUCCCAAUAUUCUUAAUCCUAUGCAACACCCCCAUGAUAUAUUUGUAUAUAUAAAUAUAUAUACCUAUUUUUGAAAUUCAAAGUUGAAAAGGACUCUCCUUUGAAGUUAAGUAGCUCCAGCAAAAUUGUUGAUGGCCUUUAGUUUCACUAAAAAAAAUUCCGAGAAAUUUGGUGUAAUUUUAGAAUAUCCAGAAUUGAAUUCAAUAUUUCAUUUCAAUUAGAAAUCAAUUUUUUUUAAUAAGAACUAACAUAUAUUUUUCAAAGGUAGCUAUUGGGCCGCGGUGGCCUGGUGGUAAGGUCUCGGCUUCGGAAUCGAGGGUUUCAGGUUCGUGACCCGAUUCCACCGAAGAAUCGUCGUGUAAGGGGGUCUGUUGCAAGUUAAAUCCGUCAUGACCAAACGUUCUCCCGCUGGUGUGGUGUGGAGAGGGGGGUGCCAGCUAAGGUGUCGCCCUCGUCAUCUGACAGCGGUUCAAAAUUACGAGGUCUGUCCCAAAAUAGCCCUAGUGUUGCUUCAAACGGGACGUUAAUAUAACUAAACUAAAUUAAACUCAAAGGUAGAUAUUAGACAAUAUAAUUCAGAAAGAUAUCACUCUCAAUUAAGUUCACUUAUUUCUAACUGAUACGUUGUUUCAAUUGUUAAGUUAAAGAAAUUAUUUCCUAACAUUUUGUGCAAUGUAUUUCUCCAAUAAUCGGAUAGAAACUAUUUAUGUUUCAAAGCGGCUAGAUAAGAGUUCACUGAAGUUCGUAUGCAGGGCAGAAUUCAGUCCUGAAAGGUCUUUAGAAAGUGCAAAUUUUUCCUCCUACUUCCCCAUUUUAACUCCUAAAAUUAGAUAUUUUUUUUAUUAAACUAAUUUCUAUCUCUAUAUAAGUAAAAACUUAUGCCAAAAUUGCAAUAAUAAAAUAUUUAAUUUCCGUUCACCUUCAAAGGAACAGAAUUUAUUAAC